AUGAUCAAUUCACUUUGUGGAAGCUCAAAUUCCCACAAAGAAAAAUGUCUUCAGCCCACAUCUUCAAAUCAUACAAAUAUACACUCAAAGAAAAAUACCACAAAUUCUAGUGAUGAUUUAGAUCAAAUUAAUAUUCUAACCCCACAAAGCUUAAACCUUCCAUCACUCAAAUUUGACUUAGAUGGUGACGUGGAAGUCCAAUCACCAGAUAGUUCAAUGUGGGAAUCAUUUUUCAAUGACCAUUUAGAUAUUAAUAAUGACUUUAUGAUAUCUUCACCUAUUAGAAAUAUUAACCCUAACUCACCACAAGCUUCUACUUACAAUAAUUGUAGUAACUAUAACAAUAAUAAUAAUAAUAAUUAUGCUCAAGGAAUGCAAAUUCAAACUUUUUCACCACCUCGUUUUGGAGCAUUAAAUAGUAGUAAUAAUAUUAAUAAUCAACAAAAAGGGAAAGGACUUAGUCCACUACAUAGAGUUUUUAAUUCACCAAAUAAUCAAUAUAUGCAACAUGUUGAAAAUCUUUCUUUGCCAGCUAUUGAAGAGUUCUUAGAAGAUUAUCAAGGUGAUGUUGAUUUUUCAACACCAAAAAUCUCUUCUUCUGAUCAAUGUUUUGAUAUGGAAACUCCAAUUUCAACAAUUUUGGAUAGUUUAUCAAUGCAAAAUUCAUCAUCAUCAAGGUAUUGUGGUUCUAUUAGUGAAGAAUCUUCUAUUUUGCAUGGUGGUAAUUCUUCUCAAGAUAGUGAUAUUUAUCAUCAAAUGGGAUCUAUGGCUAGUGCAUCACUUUCACAAGCUUUACAACAAGAAAGGUAUCAAGAGAAACACCAAAAAUUGCAAGCACAACAACAAAGUCUAACAGUUCCUAUUCCAAUUGGAAUUGAACAGGAACAAGACAGUGGACUUCAACUAGUGCACUUGCUUCUAGCUUGUGCUGAAGCAGUAGCAAAAGAAGAAUACAUGCUAGCAAAAAGGUACCUACAUCAGCUCAAUAGAGUAGUAACACCACUAGGUGACUCCAUGCAACGUGUAGCUUCAUGUUUUACAGAAUCUCUAAGUGCAAGACUCGCCGCAACCCUAACAACAAAGACAUCAUCAAACAAAAAGUCAACAACACCAUCAUCAUCCUCCUCCUCCUCAUCAUCAUGUUUCUCUAGCUUCCCAUCAAACCCUAUGGAAGUUCUCAAGAUCUACCAAAUCGUUUACCAAGCUUGUCCUUACAUCAAAUUUGCACACUUUACGGCUAACCAAGCGAUUUUUGAGGCAUUUGAGGCCGAAGAACGUGUCCAUGUUAUUGACCUAGAUAUUCUCCAGGGUUACCAAUGGCCUGCUUUUAUGCAGGCAUUGGCUGCACGGUCCGGUGGUGCUCCGUUUCUUCGGAUCACCGGUGUAGGACCGUGCAUUGAAUCGGUUAGGGAAACUGGACGAUGUUUAAAUGAGUUAGCUCAUUCUCUUCGCAUCCCCUUCGAGUUCCACCCAGUUGGAGAACAGCUUGAGGAUCUAAAACCGCACAUGUUUAACCGUCGUGUAGGCGAGGCAUUAGCAGUUAACACUGUUAACCGCCUUCACCGUGUUCCCGGAAAUCAUCUCGGGAACCUAUUGUCCAUGAUAAGGGACCAGGCACCGAACAUAGUGACACUUGUCGAGCAAGAAGCGAGCCAUAAUGGACCAUACUUUUUGGGCCGAUUUCUCGAGGCCUUGCAUUACUACUCAGCGAUUUUCGACUCCUUGGAUGCAACUUUUCCAGUGGAGUCGGCACCUAGGGCAAAGGUGGAGCAGUAUAUAUUUGCACCGGAGAUUCGGAACAUUGUGGCGUGCGAAGGGGAGGAGAGGAUAGAGAGGCAUGAAAGGUUGGAGAAAUGGAGGAAGAUAAUGGAAGGGAAAGGGUUCAAAGGAGUGCCUUUAAGUCCUAAUGCGGUGACUCAAUCAAGGAUAUUGUUGGGUUUGUAUUCAUGUGAUGGUUAUAGGUUAACUGAGGAUAAGGGUUGCUUGUUGCUUGGGUGGCAAGACAGAGCCAUCAUUGCAGCUUCUGCAUGGCGAUGCUGA